CCUUCAACGACCGGCCUGUGCCGUCACAUCACCGGCGGCGCUCUUCGGCUGGCAGCCACUCUCUAAGCGAGGUGCGCGCUGGUAACCUGCUGUCCAUCCAUCCUCGCACAGCCAACCAGGCCCAGCUGUCCCCUAUCGUCGGCACUCCCGCCGACCCAAUGUCUCUGUCCCGAAGCCCGUCACCUGUCCCAGGUGGGGGGUGGUCGAGUCCCGGCUUGAAUAUCAACAGCGGCCGCUCAAGUCCUUCCAAUGCCGCUGGCAGCUCCUGGGAAUCCGCCAAGAUGAGGAAGCAAGGAGGUGCCAACGGCUACCCGUCCUUCUCGACGCAGAACCAGGGCUUCUUCACCCGACACAUGCGCCGCAUAUCCAGUAGUCUGCCACGAUUCAAUUCUGGCCCGGGCAAUACCUAUGCCGAGAGGGAAAAGUAUGAACGAGGAGGACACAUCCAGAACGGCGGAAGGAUACGAUCCUUCAUUGCCCGCAUUGGCAGGAGACUCAAGUGGAGGAUUCUUCUUCCACUAGUCAUAUUUUUCACCAUUGUGGUGUAUUAUGGCACCCAUGAGGCACCCGGCUUCGUUCACUGGUGGCGACGGAUUAGUCUGGGCGGUGGCGGCGAGAAAUUCGUCAUAAUACUGGCAGCCAACGUCGGCGGAGGUGUCAUGGAAUGGAAGGGCGCUCGAGAAUGGGCCAUUGAACGAGACAGCGUACGCAACAAGCGGAAAUAUGCCACGCGAUGGGGCUACGAUCUGGAAAUUGUCGACAUGAAGACCAAGAAGCGGUAUGCCCACGAGUGGCGAGAAAGCUGGGAAAAGGUCGACUUCAUACGGACUGCGAUGCGGAAAUACCCCAAUGCCGAAUGGUUCUGGUGGUUGGAUCUCAACACCUACAUCAUGGAGCCCUCAUACUCUCUUCAGCAUCAUAUGUUUAACCACCUCGAUCGUCAUGUGUACCGCGAUAUCAACGUCUUCAAUCCUCUCAACAUCACCCACCCCCUCACGGAUGAAUAUUUGGAUGCAGACGCGCGAAGCCCUGUAGGCGAUGGCAAUAUCAAUUCCGUGAACCUUAUGCUCACUCAGGAUUGCUCUGGAUUCAACUUGGGUUCUUUCUUCAUUCGACGCAGCGCUUGGACCGAACAACUUUUGGAUAUUUGGUGGGACCCAGUGCUGUAUGAGCAAAAGCACAUGGAAUGGGAGCACAAGGAACAAGACGCUCUCGAGCAACUGUACCGGACCCAGCCCUGGAUUCGACAACAUACUGGCUUCUUACCGCAGCGAUUGAUCAACAGCUUCCCUACCGCUGCGUGUGGAGACGAAUCCGGUCUGAACAACACCAGGAUACACUACAACGAAAAAGAUCGCGACUUUGUAGUCAAUAUGGCUGGCUGCGAAUGGGGUCGUGAUUGCUGGGGUGAGAUGUAUCACUACCGGGAGUUCAGCUACUGGCUCAACCGAAACCCUUGGGAGCUCUUCAAGGAGGAGAUUGUGGCCCUCAUCUGGUUCAAACUUACUGGCCAGAGAGUCAAGCUAUAAUCUGGCAUUCAUCUUGCACUAGCAACGGGGUCGACAAUUUGGCUUGCCUUUUUCACAUCUUGUGCUGGCACAACCCCGACUUUUCAAAUCACGAGCUAGACAACGCGUUUGUCGUCGGCUUCAUUUCACUAGCACAGAGCAUUCUGAGAAAUCAUCUGUUCUUUUUUUUUUUUAAUCUUGAUUUUUGCUUGUUGCAUAGAUGUUGGUCUUAAUAUUUCUUGAUUGUAUCAACGCAUCAACAUGUCCCCUUUUCCCUACACGGCUGGACGAAUAUAAUUGGCAAUGAUUGGAGAGGGGCUACCAUCUGACGAGGCGACGAAUCACAAUAAGCAUCUCUACUGAACGGCUCAGCACCUUGCGAUUCUCCCAUUUAGCAGGAGGAAUUGGGUGGUGCAGCGGCCGGGAAGGCGAGAUGCCAAAAAGGAGAAAAGGG